CCCCACAUAGUGUGUUUCACGCCUGACAAAGCUGCCACAAGGUCCAACCUGGCCAUCACCAAACCCAACCUUGUGUGGCUGGAACCGGACAACGUUGAACCUAGGUAAGCAGGACCAUCUUGGUACUCAAGCUACACAUAGUCCUUACAUAUAGUGCCAAAUACUACAGGCACCAGGCACGUCCCUUAUGUACCUUAUGUUACAGUGAGCUCCACUCGGAGCAUACCGGCAGACAGGAGGUGGAAGAAAAGUUAAAAGCAGCAGGAGUUGGCGAGUUCUUCCCCAGUCAUCACCAGGACAAGGUCACCCUUCUUGAGGAGGAACUGGAACUUGUACAGUUCAUGAAGGAUGAAGCGGACGCUAAUCUCAUGGAGCAAAAGAAACUCAACAAAGAGCUUCAGAAGACUAUUGAGAGUUUGCAGGCUGAUCUGAAGACCCGAACAAAGUCAGGAAGCAACCUCGUUGCAACCCAACCCCACAUAGUGUGUUUCACGCCUGACCAAGCUUCCACAAGGUCCAACCUGGCCAUCACCGAACCCAACCUUGUGUGGCUGGAACCGGACAACGUUGAGCAACUCACUAGACCUGCGCAUGCGGAUUCGGAGAGUGAUACUGAGUCUAUCUGUUCCACUGACAGCCUAGACGACGGCUUUCCAUCCAGGACUGACAAACUAGACAACGUCAUAAGUACCAGGAGUAUUGCAGUAGGUACAGAGGCCAAGGAGACAGACCAAGCUUCCACAAGGUCCAACCUGGCCAUCACCGAACCCAACCUUGUGUGGCUGGAACCAGACAACGUUGAACAACUCACUAGGACAUCUGAUGACAGUAAUGACAUCCCCACAGCAGACGUUGAUCCAUUUUACAUCAUCCAGUUAGAGGCUGAGUUAACAGCAAUGAGACUGAAUGUUGAAGACCUCACAGUGCAGCUAAGAACGGCCAACAGCAGCAUUGAUGAGCUAAACGAUGCCAACGACAAACUGGAAGAAGAGCUGGAAGGGUUACAGACGAGGGCCAACUUUCGCAUAGAUCAGCUGUACGCUAUUUGCAUUAAAAUGGAAACAGAGCUGAAAGAGACGAGGGCCAAUGCCAGCAUUACUGAACUGCAGAAUACCAUUGACAGCUUAGAAGCAGAGAUCCAAGAGUUACAGAUGAGCACCGAGACCGACAUUGCUGAGCUGAAUGCUGUUAAUGACCAACUGACAGCAGAGAUUCAAGAGUUACAAAAGUUACAAGCUGAUCUGAAGACCCGGCCAAACUCAGGACGUAACCUUACUGCAACCAAACCCCACAUAGUGUGUUUCACCCCUGACCUAGCAACCACAAGGUCCAACCUGACCAUCACCGAACCCAACCUUGUGUGGCUCGAACCAGACAACGUUGAACCUAGGUAA